ACCUCUCCUAAAUAUAUAUGUACUCCUACAUGGCCAUCUUUAUUCAAAUAUCCAACAAAUAUCCAACAAUCUAGCUAUUCUACAGAGCAGCUGUGUCAUCAUUAGUGGAAGAAGAUAAGAUAAAUAUAUGUCGCUCUUUCCGCGCAUGCUGGGACUGUGGCCGUGGGACUCCGCCCGCGGCUUUCCCUACGAGAACGUCGCAUCCGACGACCUGGCGGACGCCCCGCUCGACUGGAAGGAGACGCCGGACGCGCACGUGAUCAAGAUCGACCUCCCGGGGCUGAAGAAGGAGGACGUGAGGGUGGAGGCGGAGGACGGCGGGGUGCUCACCGUCAGCGGCGACCGCGGCGCCCGCGACGAGGCCGGCCGGGAGGGCGAGAAGUGGCACUGCGCCGAGCGGAGCGCGGGGAAGUUCGUGCGAAGGCUUCGGCUUCCGGAUAACGCGAAGGUCGACGAGGCGAAGGCCAAGAUGGAGGACGGAGUGCUGACGGUGACGGUGCCCAAAGAGAAGAAGGCCAAGAAGCUGGGCGUCAGGAGAGUUGAGAUUCUCGGCAGAGGAGACAAGAAGGGAGAAGAGAGCAAGAGCAAGGAAGGGGCGGUCUGUUGCAGGUUUUGGCCGUGACGUACGUGUAUAUAUUAGCUAGUGGCUUAAUUUAUAAGUGGUGCACUCUAAUUUAAUGUGGUGCGUGUGUCCAAUGAAUUAUGAAUUAUGAAUGUGUGUGCGAAAUUGUUUUGUAUUGUAGAAAUUUAGAGAUGCUGAUGAUGGUAAAUGUGUGAAAGUUAGCUUCUUUAAUAUUUUGUAUUGAUUGUAGAUGAGCAGUUUGAAUUUGUUGUACAGGGCUUGUACAACAGUUUCUUUGCUUUUACAUGAAGUUAGGUUAAUCUGGCUGGUAUUACAUAGCAA